ACACACACACACACACACACACACACACACACACACACACACACUAGGUAAAUACAACUAGGUAAACACACACACACACACACACACACACACACACACACACACACACUAGGUAAAUACAACUAGGUAAACACACACACACACACACACACACACACACACACACACACACACACACACUAGGUAAAUACAACUAGGUAAACACACACACACACACACACACACACACACAAGGCUGUUGAGCAUACCUUCCCUGCCCCUUGCUGUCUGUGGCAUGUGAACUCUGGAAGCUGCAAUGACCGCUUUUUGUCCGGGUCCCCUGAGUGCGGCCUCCAGGCGGCCUUGGGUUCCCUGCGUCGCGGCGGUGAUGUAACAGCGGGCCCUAUGCGCGGCGCGGCGUGCUAGGCCUGGCUGGGCCCACGCUGAGCAGGGCUGAGGGAGGCGUACCAACCAACACACUGACAUCUCAAUUACCGACGAGAGAGAGAGAGAGAGAGAGAGAGAGAGAGAGUAUACACAUCCUUGGCGUCGGGUGUCAGGCUAGCCAUAACAUUUAAUUCGGUGGUGGCAGCUGCAGGGACCAUGUUUCUUAAUGGUCCCUCCAAGCGAGAAAAAUGAGAAAAAAAUCAUCCCUCACACAAACCAUUUCAUAAUAUAUAUCAAAGCAUUUGUGAUCAGUUUAUGCAUCAUCUAUUUUUGGGGGGUUUAUAUCAUGGCACAAAUUUGACCCAUCGCUGCUACACGGUAAAGCCACAAAUUUGGCCCGUCGCUGCUACCGGGUUCAGAAUCGUCCUCGCUUGAGAUAGUUCAUUUCUGUUUACCUGGACGGAACACUGAUGUCUCUUCUCUCGGGAAAUAACAAAACGCGUGAAGAGCUGCGUUCGUUCCUGUGACAAGAAGCAAGGCGGGUCAAGUUAUGCUCCUGAAAGAGGCGACUUAGCUGCCCGCGCGCCGCCCUGGUACUCAUCCACCGUUCCUCCUGUGUUUAGUGGGACACAGCCUAACACUCAAGGAAAAAGGAUACGCAGACCUCAACGAGAGUAUUCUCCAGAACGCCCCGUGGUCAGUUUCGAAGCUGUGCAGCCGAGGGUCUUCUGUCUGGGGACCAUACACCCGUGGAGAGAUUGAAAUGAUCUUGCCAGUUGUCAGUCGGGGGUUGAGGACCUUAUUCUUAACCCGUCCGCUGCAAUUGGUACGGAUUUGGCUUUCACUGGUAGCCUGGUAACAUACACUCCCAGGUCUUUCUCUGCCUCUGUGGUGGAUAGUGGAGUGUUUCCCAUGUGGUAUUGGUGUGCUGGAUAUCCCUUCACUGGUAGCCUGGUAACACACACUCCCAGGUCUUUCUCUGCCUCUGUGGUGGAUAGUGGAGUGUUUCCCAUGUGGUAUUGGUGUGUUGGAUAUCCCUUCACUGGUAGCCUGGUAACAUACACUCCCAGGUCUUUCUCUGCCUCUGUGGUGGAUAGUGGAGUGUUUCCCAUGUGGUAUUGGUGUGCUGGAUAUCCCUUCACUGGUAGCCUGGUAACAUACACUCCCAGGUCUUUCUCUGCCUCUGUGGUGGAUAGUGGAGUGUUUCCCAUGUGGUAUUGGUGUGCUGGAUAUCCCUUCACUGGUAGCCUGGUAACAUACACUCCCAGGUCUUUCUCUGCCUCUGUGGUGGAUAGUGGAGUGUUUCCCAUGUGGUAUUGGUGUGCUGGAUAUCCCUUCACUGGUAGCCUGGUAACAUACACUCCCAGGUCUUUCUCUGCCUCUGUGGUGGAUAGUGGAGUGUUUCCCAUGUGGUAUUGGUGUGCUGGAUAUCCCUUCACUGGUAGCCUGGUAACAUACACUCCCAGGUCCUUCUCUGCCUCUGUGGUGGAUAGUGGAGUGUUUCCCAUGUGGUAUUGGUGUGCUGGAUAUCCCUUCACUGGUAGCCUGGUAACAUACACUCCCAGGUCCUUCUCUGCCUCUGUGGUGGAUAGUGGAGUGUUUCCCAUGUGGUAUUGGUGUGCUGGAUAUCCCUUCACUGGUAGCCUGGUAACAUACACUCCCAGGUCUUUCUCUGCCUCUGUGGUGGAUAGUGGAGUGUUUCCCAUGUGGUAUUGGUGUGCUGGAUAUCCCUUCACUGGUAGCCUGGUAACAUACACUCCCAGGUCUUUCUCUGCCUCUGUGGUGGAUAGUGGAGUGUUUCCCAUGUGGUAUUGGUGUGCUGGAUAUCCCUUCACUGGUAGCCUGGUAACAUACACUCCCAGGUCUUUCUCUGCCUCUGUGGUGGAUAGUGGAGUGUUUCCCAUGUGGUAUUGGUGUGCUGGAUAUCCCUUCACUGGUAGCCUGGUAACAUACACUCCCAGGUCUUUCUCUGCCUCUGUGGUGGAUAGUGGAGUGUUUCCCAUGUGGUAUUGGUAUGCUGGAUAUCCUCUCCCAUGAUGCAGGACUUUACAUUUUUCCUCAUUGAAUUGUAGCAGCCACUUUUUGUUCCAUUUCUGUAGCUUGGUGAGGUCUUCUUGUAGGAAAUCCGCGGUCAAAGGGUUAAGGACAAGCCACUUAGUCUGGACCAUGGCGUCUGUGUGGCAGGGCUGGGCUGGGGGAUGGGGGGUGGGGGGGGAGCUGGGAGGAGAAAUGGUUAGGUAAGGGGAAGUUAGAGGUAGAGGUAGAGGUGAGAACAUAAGAACAUAAGAACAUUCCUGUAAAAGGGGUUGGCUACUGUUCCUGGUAAGGUUGGGCGGCCUGUAAAGCACUCCAAUGACAAGCUUCUCCUUCCUACUUAUUAAAGAGGAGGUGGAAGAAGAGGAUAGUGGAUAAGGAAAGGAGUGGAAGAGAAGUGACGUGGUGAGGGUGUGUUGGUGGUGGAGAUGGUGGUGGUGCGUUAAUAUGUCGCAACGACCUUCAUGAAGCAAGGGGUCACGGAGGGUGGGUGGGGUGAGGGGGGUAUAAGUCUUGCCCGGGAAGGCGUUUGGGGGUUGUCGGCACUGUUACAGCCUCCCUGGUGGUCCCGAGGCCGUGUGGGGGGGCUUCGUGGUGCAGUGGUUAGCACACUCCGCUCACAACCGAGAGAGCCUGGGUUCGAUUCCCGGGCGGAGUGGAAAAAUAUGGGCGGCUUUUCCGAUACCCUACGCCCCUGUCCACCCAGCAGUGUACCAGGUAUUAAUCGGGGGUUGUGUCCCGUCUCCUGGGGUCUGUUCCCUUCUCCUAUAAUUCCUUCCCCUUCUGUCUCUCUCCGGCAUAUGACCACAGAUGUUGCGCCGACUAAACCAAACUUUCCAACUGUUCCCUUCUCCUAUAAUUCCUUCCCCUUCUGUCCCUCUCCGGCAUAUGACCACAGAUGUUGCGCCGACUAAACCAAACUUUCCAACUGUUCCCUUCUCCUAUAAUUCCUUCCCCUUCUGUCUCUCUCCAGCAUAUGACCACAGAUGUUGCGCCCACUAAACCAAACUUUCCAACUGUUCCCUUCUCCUAUAAUUCCUUCCCCUUCUGUCUCUCUCCGGCAUAUGACCACAGAUGUUGCGCCCACUAAACCAAACUUUCCAACUGUUCCCUUCUGUCUCUCUCCAGCAUAUGACCACAGAUGUUGCACCAACUAAACGAAAC